AUGGACGGAAUAUCCGAAGAGACAAAGCAAGAGGAGGGCCCCGGGGCUGUCGCGAAUGCGCCGGAGUCAACACAUCACAUCAUGCCAGACGAAGAAGAUCUGAUGACUCGCACCCUGAAUUUCCUAUCCACGGCUUCCUCGGAGACAAUUGUCGGCAUUGCUGUAGGACUAGCAGCAUGUACAUACAUGAUACUGGGCCGGGUUGGCCUGAUUCUAAUUGGGGCGCUCGGAGGUGUGGUGCUUCAUGCCACCUGGGAAGGGGAGAUAUCAGCAGCCGUCGAAGAUGGACGGAGAGAAAAGAGCCUGGAUGUUGUCAGCCGGAUUCUGGACCUGCGAGCUGUUCAGCAGAGGAUAAACGAGGAUAACGAGAACAACGAAAUGGUUGGGAAUAGCUUCGAAGGCUUCCAACCCGAGACCGCCGCGGCCUUAAACGAAUUGGUCGACGCUGUGAUUAGAGACUAUGUGAAGCGGUGGUAUCAGCCCCUCCUCCCUGCGGAGGCUUCCUUUCCUGCAGCAUCCCGCCAGACUCUUACAAAGUUCAUUGUUGCCAUCUCCCAACACCUGUCUCGAAAAAGGCACGCCGACACAUUCCUCGACUUCUUAACAAACUCGUCCUCAAUUGUCAUUGUUUUUCUCAAUGAGCUGUCAACAGCCUUGUCUGUAUCUCAGGGCAACAAUGUUUCGCCUGCUGAAGCUAUUCAAAUAUAUCUGUCCACGAAUCCCGAGUCCAACCUCGCCAAUGUUCUCAACGAGAAGCAGCAAUCGCGGAAAUUCAAGAUCGUGGCUGAAGAUAUUUUACAAAACUUCCUGGAGAAGUCAACCUAUGAUUGCGAUCCUGCGAGGGCAUUCUUAAGAGAAAUUCUUGCCGGCCUUAUAUUGCAGAUGUCUUUGGAAACCUUUUCGAAUCCAGAAUUUAUCAACGGGUGCAUCGUGUAUCUCCUCGAGGACGGCGAACCAGAUUUAAGUCAGGCAAUUGACGUGGGUAUGGGAGGAUCAAACGUCAAUAACUCUUUAGGUGCUUCCUCAUAUGAUGUAGACGGAAAUCUAGGCAAUAUUGGACUUGCCAAACCAUCCAGACUUCAGUCGGAACAACAGACACAGGAGGAUAAAGGUCACCAAAAACGUCUGAGCAAGGCAGAGGAGGCUAUGGAGGAAGCUAUGGAGGAAGCCAAAAGACUGUCUCAACUCAUAGCAGAAGAGGAUGCAAAAAGGCUUUUUGUUGAGCAAGGGCCCUUAGAUGAUGAUUCGGAAGCUCUUGUCGCAGCGGCUCAGCAUAAUGCCCAUUGCCAACAUCUGGACACAUCUGGCUUGAUGAGGAAGGAAGCAUCCGCCUUGGCGAAAACAGCGGAACUUAUAUCAAAUGGCGCCGCGACUCCCAUGGCUUUGCAAUCAGCAGGUGACAAGCACAAGCUCUCUACAGAUGUGACUACGCCUGAGCCACCAGAUGCAGCACACCGAGAGUCUCAAGAUCUUGUGUCCCCCCCACACCCAUCUGCUUCGCUCACUUCUGCAUCUGCUCCAGCCUUCACAAGCUUCGACCAAAUAAUUCCUCAAUCGACACCUGUUGCUCUCCAGGAAGAGCCUCCUGUCCAUCGUAGCAAAAGCUUCUCAUUAACGCUUCACAAUGCCAAUAUCAUCAUUGAUGAUGAUUCAAUGGUUUCGGACAAAGGCAGGCUGAGGUCAAAACCCAGUACAGAUUAUCUGGUUCAAAUAGAACCAGCUUCCUCUGAUUUCCCUGGCUGGAUGAUCGUGAGGCGCUAUCCCGAUUUUGAGUCUUUACACGAGGUACUCCGACGAAUUGCGCAAAUAGCUGGAGUGAAAGCCUUUGUAGAACAGCAUCAUACACUUCCAAAUUGGAAGGAACAUACCAAACCGUCUCUGAGAGGGGAGCUUGAAAGAUACCUACGAGAUGCUCUUUGGUACAAAGAACUCGCCGAAAGCGAGGGUAUGAAGCGUUUUCUUGACAAAGACCGGGGGCAAUCCGCCUCUACAACGACGACCAAAAAUGGAUUUCCUGGUCUAGGCUGGUCGACCCCUUCAGCCUUUGAGAACAUGGGGAAGGGAAUGUUGGAUGUUCUCACAAGCGCCCCGAAAGGUGUUGCCGAAGGUGGCAAAGCGAUCGGUGGCGGAAUUUCAGGAGUGUUUACCAAUAUCGGGAACUUGGGCCAGAAGAAACCCGCCACUGGCAGCUCGAUUAACCUCGUUCAGCAUACGGCUGCCCGAUCUUCAACUUCAGCACUGCCGAAGAUGGACAGCAUGAACUCCGUCAUAGCGCCUAAAACGAGCCGAAUGAGCGAAGACAGUUUUCGACCCACGUCGAUUGUGCAAAUGCAGCCGUCCCCCAUGCCCUCCAUGGAGCGUCAGCCCAGCAACAAUCUUCUUGCUGAAGGUGAUAAUGAGCGCGAGCCUCACGUGUCUGCAUCUGCUAGGUCGUCAAUGAGUAGUCGCCGAAGCGUCACCUACAACCGUGACCUGAGCAGAGCUUCUUCAAGGCUAGCAACACCUUUAUCAUCUCCAACUCAAGGAAUUCUAGGCGAAAUGAAAUUGCCUCCCCUACCUGACGAUAUUCCUGACGAUUACGGGUCUAGCAUCGACGCUUCCUCUUUUUCAAAUUUACGGACAGAGAGUAGCGCCGCUACGGCUCGAACAUCUACAAGCACUGCGCCAUCUUCACAAUCUCCUGGCUGCCCACCUCUGUCGGCGGCAAACAGAUCAUCAAUUCAAUCUGCUACACCAAUCCGAAAGCAGAGCAGAGAGCAGACACCUAUCACUGAGGCCGAAACUAGAGUGGCAGUUGAACUAUUGUUUGCAGUAGUUUCGGAAGUCUACACUCUCACCUCUGUGUGGAAUAUCCGCCGUACAUUGCUCAACGGAGCAAAGGCUUUCCUUCUUCGACCCUCUAAUCCAUCAUUAGCUGCUAUCCAGUCUCUCAUUCAAGAGUCUAUCAUUGCGUCUAAUACAUCUGAUGCAGGCCUUUCUUCCCACCUUCGCAAGCUACGCGAGAACACAAUGCCAACCGAAGAUGAGCUAAAGGUAUGGCCAGCAGCAAUGAGCGCCGAAGAAAAGGAGAAAUUGCGGAUCAAGGCAAGGAAGCUUCUUGUGGAACGAGGGAUGCCCGCUGCUCUGACCGGCGUGAUGGGCCAAGCUGCCUCUGGAGAAGCAGUAGGCAAGAUAUUUGAUUGUCUGCAGGUCGAAGAGGUCGCAAAGGGGCUGAUGUACGGGCUUCUGUUGCAGGCCUCACAGCAGGGAUUGGGUCUUACGGCUUCUUCAAAGAGCAAAUCAGUAUUUCUUGUCUUCUCAGAUACUGCAUCGAAGAUGUGUUCUCAAGCCGAGGCGCGGGGUAUCCGCAUCGCCAUUGAUAGAGGAGGCACCUUCACAGACUGCGUGGCGAACCCUGGCUCAGGCAAAAUGUCAGAUAAUAUUGUCAUCAAACUGCUCUCUGAAGACCCCUCCAACUACGAUGACGCGCCCCUUGAAGGUAUCCGCCGCAUCAUGUCUCGAUUCCUCAACAAAGAGAUCCCACGUGGCGAACCCUUAGACACCUCUAAAAUCGAAAGCAUUCGCAUGGGAACCACAGUAGCGACAAACGCUUUGCUAGAGCGGAAGGGAGAAAGGAUUGCGUUGGUAGUCACGAAGGGCUUCAAAGACUGCUUGGAGAUUGGAAAUCAGAGCAGGCCAAAGAUCUUUGAUCUGGCGAUUCGGAAACCGGAUGUACUGUAUGAGUGCGUAGUGGAAAUUGACGAGAGAGUUACGCUCGAGGACUAUGCUGAGGAUCCGGAGCGGGGAUCUACGAAAGUUGAAGGAAAUGGAUCGGAGAAAGACUUGGUGAAGGGGUUGUCCUCCGAGGCAGUACGGAUAUUGCAAAGGCCCGUAAAAGAGAAGAUUCAGAGCCAGUUGCAGGAGGUUUGGGACAGGGGCGUAAAGAGUAUAGCUGUAUGCUUGAUGCAUGGCUAUACUUUCAGUGAGCAUGAAGCUUUGGUUGGAAAGAUUGCAAGAGAUAUGGGAUUUCACCAUGUUUCUCUUAGUCACGAGCUUAUGCCGAUGAUUAAGCUUGUUCCAAGGGCGACGUCUGUAUGUGCUGAUGCAUAUCUGACACCUAUCAUCAAGAAAUACAUUGCUGGCUUUCAGACCGGCUUUGAGGGUGGCCUGGGAACAGAGAGUGUAAAGCACGAGAAUGGCUCGAAGGGAGCCAGGUGCGAGUUCAUGCAGUCUGAUGGUGGACUCGUUGACGUCGACAAGUUUUCUGGGCUGAAAGCUAUCUUGUCCGGCCCGGCUGGAGGUGUCGUCGGUUAUGCGCUUACAUCGUAUGAUCCCGAGACCAAGACUCCGGUCAUUGGGUUUGAUAUGGGAGGGACCAGUACCGAUGUCUCAAGAUAUGGGCUUGGGAGAUACGAGCACGUCUUUGAGACAACGAUUGCAGGGGUCACGAUACAAUCGCCACAGCUAGACAUUAAUACUGUCGCAGCUGGUGGUGGAUCACGUUUGUUUUUUCGCAAUGGUCUUUUCGUGGUUGGACCUGAGAGCGCUGGCGCUCACCCAGGCCCAGGUUGCUACCGCAAAGGCGGACCAGCAACCGUGACAGAUGCCAACCUAUUUCUCGGCAGACUUCUUCCUGACUUCUUCCCAAAGAUAUUCGGCAAGAACGAAGAUCAAGGUCUCGACGUGGAAGCAAGCGAAAAACUACUCAAAGAGCUCACAGAACAGAUAAAUAAGGAAACUGGCAAGAAUAUGACUGCUGAUGAGGUUGCUUACGGAUUCCUGACGGUUGCCAAUGAAGCAAUGACGAGACCGAUUAGAUCUCUGACCGAAGCAAAAGGACAUGAUACAUCGAAACACCGCCUGGCGACUUUCGGUGGUGCGGGUGGGCAGCAUGCUGUUGCUAUUGCUGAGAGCUUGGGAAUCAGACAGACGCUCGUACAUCGUUACUCGUCGGUUUUAUCGGCAUAUGGAAUGUCGCUAGCAGAUGUAGUUGAGGAACGCCAAGAGCCAGACUCGAAAAUUUGGGCUGAUAAAGGGGAUUCAAGAGACGCAUUGCUCAAAAAAAUCGAGGAUUUGAAACAGAAAUCAUUCACGGCCCUCAAAGAGCAAGGGUUUAAAGAUGAUUCGAUUGUCUUCGAGGAGUACCUAAAUAUGCGAUACAGAGGAACUGAGUCAGCCCUGAUGGUUGUCAGACCAUCAAAAGAGGAUGCCGAAAAGGAAUUUGAUGGCGACGAUAAUUCUUUCGGGAAAGCAUUCGUCAAGCAGCAUCAACAAGAAUUUGGCUUCACAUUCGAUCGAGAUAUCAUCGUGGAUGAUGUGCGAGUAAGGGGCAUCGGAAAGAGCUUCGAAGACCUGGGCAAGACUGUGGAUCAGCAAUUGAAGGAGAUUAAGCCAACGGAUGUCAAGACCGGAGACAAGGAGUACAAGCGGUCAAAGGUAUACUUUGAUGGAGCUCGACACGAUACUCCUAUUUACAAGCUCGAGGAUCUGCAUGUCGGUGAUAGAGUCAAUGGACCUGCCAUUCUGUGUGAUGGGACGCAGACAAUUGUUGUUCCCCCGGAGACUUCGGCGCUGAUCAUAGAAACCCACGUAGUGAUCAACAUCAGGGAGAAGGAGCUAAACAAUGAAGCCUCGAAAUCUGACAGCACCAAGGAAACAGAUCCAGUCAUGCUUUCAAUUUUUGCCCAUAGAUUCAUGGCGAUCGCCGAGCAAAUGGGCCGAUCUCUCCAGAAGACCAGUGUGAGUACUAACGUGAAGGAACGCCUUGAUUAUUCGUGCGCGCUGUUCGAUUCCACAGGUGGCUUAGUCGCUAAUGCUCCCCACCUUCCUGUACAUCUGGGCUCAAUGUCUACUUGCGUAAAGCGACAAGCUGAAAUCUGGCGUGGAAAGCUGGUGAAGGGAGACGUCCUCGUUUCUAACCAUCCGGAGUUUGGUGGUACUCAUCUUCCCGAUAUAACGGUUAUCACACCAGCCUUCGAUCAAGCUGGGGAAAAUAUCCUCUUCUAUUGUGCUUCGCGCGCCCACCACGCAGAUAUUGGUGGCAUAUUACCGGGAUCUAUGCCGCCUCAUUCCCGCGAGCUGUUCCAAGAAGGUGCAGCAAUCAAGUCCGAAAAGUUGGUCAGUGCUGGCAAGUUUAACGAAGAGCGGAUCACAGAACUCUUGCUCAGCGAGCCUGCUAAGCAUCCAGGUUGCAGUGGGACGCGAUGUCUUUCUGAUAACAUCUCGGAUCUCAAGGCACAGAUAUCGUCAAAUAUGAAGGGAAUCAACUUGAUUUCCUCACUAAUUGAGGAAUACAGCGAAGACGUGGUCAAUUCAUACAUGGUUGCCAUUCAAGCAAAUGCAGAGCUGAGCGUGCGAAAUCUGCUGAAAGAUGUCAGUAAGCGAUUCGAGGGCCAGGACCUGACAGCUAUAGACUAUAUGGAUGAUGGUAGUCCGAUCAAACUCAAAAUUACAAUCGAUGCUGAAAAGGGGGAGGCUGUUUUUGACUUCGAUGGGACUGGCCCUGAAGUCUAUGGUAACACCAAUGCUCCGCAGGCAGUCACCUACAGCGCAAUUAUCUACUGUCUUCGCUGUCUCAUCUCAGAAGACAUUCCCCUCAACCAAGGCUGCUUGAAACCCAUCAGAGUUCUGAUCCCGCCAAAAUCCUUCCUCUCGCCCUCAGAUAAAGCCGCAGUCGUCGGUGGUAACGUUCUAACCUCUCAAAGGGUCACCGACGUGAUAUUGAAGGCUUUUCAAGCAUGUGCCGCCUCUCAAGGCGACUGUAAUAACCUAACAUUCGGUUUCGGAGGCAACUUGGAAGGCCAGCAAAGCGUGAAAGGCUUCGGAUACUACGAGACGAUCGCUGGAGGUAGUGGUGCAGGGAAGGACUGGGAAGGAAUUUCUGGAGUACACACACACAUGACAAAUACUCGCAUCACAGACGCAGAGGUGUUCGAACGACGCUAUCCCGUUUUGCUUCGAGAGUUUUCGUUGAGACCUGGCUCUGGAGGCGCAGGAAAGCACCGUGGUGGUGACGGAGUUGUACGCGACAUUGAGUUCCGCAUCCCGGUCCAAGUAUCGAUUCUCAGCGAGCGGAGAGUAUAUCAUCCAUAUGGUCUUGAAGGCGGCGAAGAUGGAGAAUGUGGUCUCAAUAUUUGGGUGAGGAAGGUAGAGACUAGUAACGCAGAGAGGUCGGACAGGAUGUUGAAUGGGUCUGUAGACGGGAUUGAGGAAGCAACUUAUGAGGAACGGUGGAUUAAUAUGGGAGGGAAGAAUACGGCUGCGAUGCGGGCGGGUGAGAGAAUUAUCAUCAACACUCCAGGAGGUGGUGGGUGGGGUAAGACUGGGGAGCGUAAGGAGGAGAGGGAGAGAGAGAGGGAUCCGAAGCAUGGGUGGAGGGGUGGCUCGCAUACUAAUCGGGAGGAGACGGCUCUCCAAGCUUAG